AUGCGAUUGGCUCUCUUCCUCGCUAUCCUCUGUCUCAAUGAGGCUUCAUUUAAAGAAAUUCGCUCACGAAGUAAAUCAAAACCCAAAUCGAUAAAACCGACAGAUAUGUGCACCUUAGAGCCAACGGAUUCAAACAACAUUCGUUGUUUCUGUACGAAAGAUAAAUUCUAUCAAGUGCUGUCUGCAGAAUGUUGGAUUUUUGGUCCAGUGACUAAGGAGAGCUUCAUAUGGAGGUUAAUAAUUGAAACGCAGCCAUACCUAUCCGAUUUCACAAUGAUAGCAAGCAAUCAGGGACAACUAAAAAGCAUUCCUUCGGAGUUUCUUCAUAAGAUGUUAUUUUUAAAGAAUUUUACGGUAUCGUUUGCCUUACUCGAAAAAUUGGAUAAGUUCGUAUUUGGAAAUUCUACGUCCCUGCAACGACUUAAACUGUCCAAAAACCAAAUUGAACACCUGGAUGAUCUUUCAAUUUCCAAUUUACUUUCGUUGAGAGAACUCGAUUUAAAUGGAAACCGGAUACGCAGCGUACCAACGACCGUAUUUUAUAAUGUACCCGAACUCAAAUACGUUCGAUUGAAUAAUAAUAAUAUUUCGAAAAUUGACGACAAAGCUUUUGCUGCAUUGGGGAAUGCAUUGGAAUUGGAUUUAUCAGAGAACUAUAUUUGUGAUAUAAAUAAUUUGACAUUUUUCGGUUUAUCUAAACUUAAAGUGAUUGACUUAAGUGUAAAUAAAAUUGUGAAUUUGGCAUCGAGUGUAUUUUCGGAAUUAUGGGAUAUUGAGGGCACCAUAGGCUAUAAAACUUCAGUCAUUGACGAUAAUCCAGAAAAGACUGGAAAGGAAAUGAUAAUGCAAUUGAAAACAAAAAAUGAUAAUACGAUUAAAUGA